AUGGCCUCCACUAACAAGAAUGGCGAGAGCGUCUCCUCGAUGUCCAGUAGCCGCCUGCAGAGCCGGAAGCCACCCAACCUAUCCAUCACCAUCCCUCCGCCCGGGACCCCAGCCCCCAGCGAUCAGGCCAGCAUGCUGCCCCAGAGGCCCAGGAACCCAGCCUUACUGAAGAGCAUCAGCCUCCAGGAGCAGAGGGCACGAUGGCAGGAGGGCGGCUCGGAGAAGCGCCCCGGCUUCCGCCGACAGGCCUCCCUGUCCCAGAGCAUCCGCAAGGGCACGGCCCAGUGGUUCGGGGUCAGUGGCGACUGGGAGCUGAAGCGCCAGCACUGGCAGCGCAGGAGCCUGCACCACUGCAGCGCCCGCUACGGUCGGCUCAAGGCCUCGUGCCAGCGGGACCUGGAGCUCCCCAGCCAAGAGGUGCCCUCCUUCCAGGGCACCGAAUCUCCAAGACCCUGCAAGAUGCCCAAGAUUGUGGAUCCCCUGGCCCGAGGACGGGCGUUCCGCCACCCGGACGAGGUGGACCGGCCCCACGCCCCGCACCCACCCCUGACCCCUGGGGUCCUGUCCCUCACCUCCUUCACCAGCGUCCGCUCCGGCUAUUCCCACCUGCCCCACCGCAAGAGGAUCUCUGUGGCCCACAUGAGCUUUCAAGCUGCCACGGCCUUCCUCAAGGGGCGCUCGGUAAUGGAUGCCACAGGACAGCGGUGCCGGGUGGUCAAGCGCAGCUUUGCCUACCCCAGCUUCCUGGAGGAGGAUGCGGUCGAUGGAGCAGAGACGUUCUACUCCUCAUUUUUUAGUAAGGAAGAAAUGAGCUCCGUGCCUGAUGAUGUGUUUGAGUCGCCCCCACUCUCUGCCAGCUACUUCCGGGGCCUCCCCCGCUCGGGCUCCCCGGUCUCCCCCGAAGAGGUGCAGAUCCCUCUGAAGGAGUCUGACCGAGCCCCGGUGCCCGCGGCCAAACGUGGCAAGCGCAUCGCAUCCAAGGUGAGGCACUUUGCCUUCGACCGGAAGAAGCGGCACUACGGCCUGGGUGUCGUGGGCAACUGGCUGAACCGCAGCUACCGCCGCAGCAUCAGUAGCACCGUGCAGCGCCAGCUGGAGAGCUUCGACAGCCACCGGCCCUACUUCACCUACUGGCUGACCUUCGUCCACGUCAUCAUCACGCUGCUGGUGAUUUGCACGUAUGGCAUCGCGCCUGUGGGCUUUGCCCAGCACAUCACCACCCAGCUGGUCCUCAGGAACAGAGGUGUGUAUGAGAGCAUGAAGUACAUCCAGCAGGAGAACUUCUGGAUUGGCCCCAGCUCGAUUGACCUGAUCCACCUGGGAGCCAAGUUUUCGCCCUGCAUCCGGAAGGACCAGCAGAUCGAGCAGCUGGUGCUGCGGGAGCGAGACCUGGAGCGGGACUCGGGCUGCUGUGUCCAGAAUGACCACUCGGGCUGCAUCCAGACGCUGCAGCAGGACUGCUCGGAGACUUUGGCCACUUUUGUCAAGUGGCAGGAUGAUACGGGGCCCCCCAUGGACAAGUCUGCGCUGGGCCAAAAGCGGACAUCGGGGGCCGUGUGCAACCAGGACCCCAGAACCUGCGAGGAGCCGGCCUCCAGUGGUGCCCACAUCUGGCCUGAUGACAUCACCAAGUGGCCGAUCUGCACGGAGCAGACCAGGAGUAACCGCUCGGGCUUCCCACACAUGGACUGCCAGAUCCGGGGCCGCCCCUGCUGCAUCGGCACCAAGGGCAGCUGUGAGAUCACCACUCGGGAAUACUGUGAGUUCGUGCACGGCUAUUUCCACGAAGAGGCCACGCUCUGCUCCCAGGUGCACUGCUUGGACAAGGUGUGUGGGCUGCUGCCCUUCCUCAAUCCUGAGGUCCCAGAUCAAUUCUACAGGCUCUGGCUGUCCCUGUUCCUCCACGCCGGCGUGGUGCACUGCCUCGUGUCUGUGAUCUUCCAAAUGACCAUCCUACGGGACCUGGAGAAGCUGGCCGGCUGGCACCGCAUCGCCAUCAUCUUCAUUCUCAGCGGCAUCACCGGCAACCUUGCCAGUGCCAUCUUCCUCCCGUACCGCGCGGAGGUGGGCCCGGCAGGGUCGCAGUUCGGCCUCCUGGCCUGCCUCUUCGUGGAGCUCUUCCAGAGCUGGCAGCUGCUGGAGCGGCCCUGGAAGGCCUUCCUGAACCUGUCGGCCAUCGUGCUCUUCCUGUUCAUCUGCGGCCUCCUGCCCUGGAUCGACAAUAUCGCCCACAUCUUUGGCUUCCUCAGCGGCCUGCUGCUGGCCUUCGCCUUCCUGCCCUACAUCACCUUCGGCACGAGCGACAAGUACCGCAAGCGCGCCCUCAUCCUCGUGUCACUGCUGGUCUUCGCCGGCCUCCUCGCCUCGCUGGUCAUCUGGCUCUACGUCUACCCCAUCCACUGGCCCUGGAUCGAGUACCUCACCUGCUUCCCCUUCACCAGCCACUUCUGCGAGAAGUACGAGCUGGACCAGGUGCUGCACUGA